AUGUUGAACUCCACGACUACUCCAGGCGGCACCGUUUCAGACGAGACGAAGAAUGGCAAUGAUAAUCGAGCAAACGAAAAGCAGCAGCACCAAAAGCCACAGCAACAACAACAAAGUGGCGGUGAUAUUUUGGAUUGCGUCACCCAAGAUGGUUACUUCCAAAAAUCGCUGUCGCCAAAAGAACGAUCCGUUUUUGGAAUGGUGGGAGUCUUUUUGUUGUUGUGUUCCUGGAUAUACGUCUUGAAUGGGGAACUUGCUCAAGACAAUAACAUGGCUGAAAACGUGGUCACCAAAACGACGAAUGUCACACACAAAAAUGAGAAAGAAAAAGUAAAGAGAGACUACGGACUGCAUGAAGGACUUUUCAGCACAUAUCCCAUCAUUUCCAUUCACAACGACGAUAAGGACGGCGGUGUUCAAUCGUCCCCUGUCGAGACUCCAGUGGUAGGAGAUGGAGGAGUAUGCCCAGCCUUGUGUGACAGUCGAGAACAAGCUCGCAAACAAAAAUUUGGUGGCGACUUGUUGGAUCUGUCGGAAGUAUUGAAAAUGGCCAACAAGGCACAUGACAAACUUGUGGAUCACAUCAAACUGGAGUACGGAGAAUACUUUGAUGGAAUAUUCAUCAAAGAAACACCAGCAGCAGUAACAGACUCCAAUGUCACCACUACCAAGGGACGACGGUCGUAUUCGGGAAUGAAUCCCGUCACGGAAAAUGGUGAAUCUCGAAAUCGAAUGAAACGGAAACUUCAACUCAAGGUACUGAAAAUGAUGGAGGCCCUCAAAGUAUCCGAAGAAGAUGUCCAUGGCUGCAACUGUCGAACUAUGACGGGCUCUACUAAAGAAAAAGAAGAGAGGUUUACAUCCAGUAUUCCGGACUAUUAUCAGAAAUAUGUCUUUGCCAAUGGUGGGCAUUCCAACGCGGCUGGCCAUGGGAACGUUUUUAGUGAGACAUACUCACACUACAUUGGACAAGAUCUACGAAUCAUUUGGGAUGCACUGGGCGUGGAAAUGAUCAGCCGCAACAUGGGAAUGGGAGCCAUGAAAGCAUCUCCAGACAUUUCGACAUGCUCCCAGGCAGUUUUUGGUACCGAUGUAGACUUGUUGACCUGGAAUUAUGCCAUGCUCGACAAAACAUUUGCGUCAUGGUUGCAUUACAUGUAUCGGGCUGCUGUGAGUCCAGGAAGACCUGCAUUUGUUUCCAUGGACAUUAUGCAUCUUGCUGGAAGGUAUGGUGCACCCUUGGAAAAAUUGGGCCUAGCCUUAUUCUAUUUGAAUGGAGCUUCUGUCCCGACGAACAAGAAUAUUCCCGAUUCAGCUCCAGACGGGAUACCCUUGUCCGAAGACUUAGUGAACGAGCAACCGCCAAUGGUCAGGGGUCUCAAAUGCGAUGGUAGACUGGAAAAGCCACCUAUGUGUUCUGAUGACUACAAGUGGAGUUGCACCGCAAAGAUGAGAAAGGCGAGGAUCAAGUGCACCUGUCCAGGAGUGAAGAUGCGCUCUGGUUGGCACAUGGGAUUCAAAAUGCAUGCUUUGAAUGCCCAUUACAUGUCUCUUCCUCUUGUUGAAAUGCUGCUGGAAGGUCUCUUGGAGCUCGUCGAGACGGGCAAGGAUCCCAAAACACUAUUCCAAGAACUCCAAAAGGAAGAAGAUGACGAGUUCAAAGCAUUCCUUUCCGUGCCAAUAAAGGAAAAUUUUAACAACGAAGAAAUGAUACAACGCUUUGGGGAGCUGGGAGAUGAACUCGAUACUUGGUUCAAGGGGCCCAGUAUAUGCCGGACUUCACUACUACCAUCCAUGACACGUUAUCUGGGGCUUGCUUUGAAUUCCGACAAAAUUGGCGGAUCUGCUCGAUGUAAUGAAGUAGAAUAUGAAAACGGAGUACCCUUUAAUCGGCUAAACGGCAUGUACACCUACCCCGAUGGACCCCCGCCCGAAGGCGAGGUGGCCAUUCUGUCGCCAAUCGACUUUCGACAAUGCUCGCCAUUGAGGACGUGUAGCGAAAUUGUCAUGCCGGACUACAAGGACUGGUUCUAUGGAAAUUGGACGAAUGGGCCAGUAUCCAUCACGUUUCCAAAUGAAAAAGAACGGGAACAUUAUGGAUAUGAGCCGGGGAAGUUCAAAGGAAUCUUGGGGCUUGUUUCGACUAUAUUUCCAGAAGCAGCAGCAGACGGUACUAGGUUUGACUUUCCGUACUCUUCAUGGCCUGAACAUGUGGACGCAAAAGUUAACGGCAUACCAGUGACCAAUUGGAGACUUUUCAAUCGAAUGGCAAUCCUUGAGGGUGCCGAUGGAAUUUAUUGGAAACCAACUGCCAACAAUGAUUAUAAAAUAGAGUUCAGUCCAAAGGGAGUGACGAAGGACGGCAGGGCGGCAAGCGAAAAGCAUCUUCGAUUACAAGGUUUCGUUCUGUACUAG